AUGGAUGAAGCAAUAGGAAAAAGGAGGAUAUCUAAGGAAGAAAGAGUCCGUUUAAAGGAAGAAAAAAAACAACAGAAGGAACAAGAAAAGUUGCAAAAAGAAGUUCUGAGGGCUGAAGCUGUGGAGAUGAAAAAACUACAAAAAGAAAGGCAAAAGUGGGAAAAGGGGAAGUUUGCUUUAAAAUCAAUUGUGGCUGAAAUUGACCCUAAAAUAGUUGAACUGGGUUCAGUUGGAG